AUGAGCUCCCUGCAGCAGAUCGGAACCAUGGCUUUCCUCAUGAAGAAGAAGAAGUUCAAAUUUCAGGUCCACUUCACUCUGGAGGAGCUGACAGCGGUGCCUUUUGUUAACGGAGUUCUGUUCUGUAAGAUCCGGCUCGUGGACGGCGGGGACUUUUCCAUCUUAUCUUCCAGGGAGGAGGUCCAGCAGAACUGUGUUCGAUGGAGGAAGAAAUUCUCCUUUGUGUGUAAAAUGAGCGCUAAUCCAACGACAGGAGUGUUGGACCCCUGCGUCUGUAGAGUCUCUGUACGCAAGGAGCUGAAAGGAGGAAAAACCUUCUCCAAGCUGGGCUUUGCUGAUCUAAACAUAUCCGAGUUUGCUGGUUCUGGUUCCACAGUCCGCUGCUGUAUCCUGGAGGGUUAUGACACCAAAAACACUCGACAGGACAAUUCUAUCCUAAAAGUGAUAAUUGGGAUGACUCUUCUCUCUGGAGAUCCCUGCUUUAAAACACCUCCGAGUACGGCCAAGUCUGUCUUCAUCUGUGACAAGGACCCCAACCUUCAGCUGGACUGUAAGGGGGAGAGCACUGAUGCCAGAGGACAGCCACUUGGAGGCAUCGCCGAGGGACCCUGCAACCUGAAAUCCCGACAAUCAUCCAUUCGUAGUUCAGGGCUUCCCGAGCCAGGAGAGAGCGUGUCCAGUCCAGACGAGGAUUUCCAUUCUGGUCACAUCCGCAGCUCCAGCUAUGCUAGCCAGCACAGCAAGAUAUCAGGCUACAGCACUGGCCACUCUCGCUGCUCCAGCCUGACUGACCUCAGUCACCAUAGAAACACCUCCUCCAGCAGCAGCGCCUCCUGCGGUGGGACCCACCCCUCUCAGCUACCCCUGACUGAGCCGCACCGUCAGGCGACCCCCACCAAACCAGAAAGACCUCCUCCCCCCUCUGCAGCAGCUCUCAGUCGGUCCUCCAGGAGGAAGAAGGAUGCUGUGGAGAGGCAGCCCAGCUGUGUGGACGACACCCGCAUCGAUGCCGAUGACAUUGUUGAGAAGAUCGUGCAGAGCCAGAACUUUUCUGACAGCAGUAACAACGAAGACAGCAACCUGAGAUUGUUUGUCAGUAAAGAUGGGACCACUGCCCUCAGCGGGGCGCAGCUCGCCCACAGAGGAACUCCUGGUGUCUUUGAGCCGGUGGUCAUCGAGACUCACUAAGCACUUGAUCUACAACCUCAUUACCUGCCAGAUGUUUCCGUCACAUCUAAUUUUCUCAUGUUUACUCAGGUGUUUGAAGUCUUGAAACACAUAAUUACUGUAUUUUGGGUUUAUCUCUCCCUGACCUUCAUUCACUCCAGCAGCUGUUCAGUUAAUGUAUGAACAUCUGCAGCAAGGAUACUGGACAGAGGAGCUCAGCUAACGGGGUCAUUAUGACAACAAAGAAGCCAAAUAAUAGAAAAAAACAUAAAAAAAAAUUACCAAAGAACCACAGAGACAUAAUCCCAGAGGGAUUCAGAACCACAGAUAUACCAGGACUGGUUUGGUAUCUUUUAUU